UCUGAAUAAUGAGUUUAGAAGCUGUAUUGAAAACUGUCGGGUCGCAUUUCCUCAGUCUGUCUGAGCGAAUGUUUGUGUAUGGACCCCAGGGCAAGCUAGUGCUGAGGAAUCUCGAGGAACACUGGUUCUCUCACUGUGUCACAAUGCCACAUUAUAAUGUGUUCCCAUGUGAUACAAUCGCAGAUACAUUGCAACAACUGCGGAGUAAUUCGAUGGACAUGCUGCCAUUUGCACUUGUCACACUGGGAACAUCCAAGAGCGUGUGGAACGAGUCUUUGCUAUUAGUGGAUAAAGUACCAUCUCACAGAAUUGCCAAGAUCAACGUAUUUGUUGAUGCGUCGGACUCGAAGAGUCUGUUGUAUAAGAAGCAAAGAGAGCGCAAAGUAUGGUGGCGCAAACUUGCUCAGCAUCCCUCGAGAUUCGUCUUCGCCGAGGCAAAGAAGAUGAGGAAUCUGGAUGUGACGGAGAUAGAGGCGCAAUUUCCUUUUGGAAAUAUCAUCGUGGAAACAAUCACUCAUUAUCCCGGCAUACGCAAGUUGUAUCCUCAGAUUGAAAAUAAUAAAGAUAAUGUUAUGGAUGUGCAUAUGAUCGAGCAUAUCGCUUCCAUGGAUUGGGGCUGCUUGGCAUUAUUCUGUGACAGCCAUAUGCUGGAUAAAUCAAUUAGAGCGUAUAUUCAUCCUAAGUUAUGCCCAUACAAAAUCACGUUUCACAUAGAAAAACAGAAAAAUGAGACUGAUUCAGAUAUAGAAGACUUGAAUCGCUUUGUGCUAUACUUAAACAAUAUGCUUAGAACGAGAGGGAUCUCUACCAUAUUGACAAAUACAGAACAAAUCGUCAAUACAGAACAAAUGUGCCUAAUACCAUACGUCGUGUCAGUGGAUAAGACUAGUCUUAAGAAUGGCGUUGUACAUGUAAAAAAUCGAUCAACGACGCUUAGUGAGGCAGUUCACAUUACUGACUUGGUAAAGUAUAUUAGCUUGCGUUCUUCUUGAAUUACCAUAGUGGCAAUUCAAUUGGAUUUUUCGAUCAAUGUUUAUAAGAUAUUGCUAUCAUGUAACUAUAUUUAACUAUAUUUAUUACUGACAGUUACAACGAUAUAAACUGUAAAUAUAAAUGAAAAUUCUGGUUUCUAUGUUCUCUCCUCUUUUAUCCCUAUUUUGUUUCUGAAUUUGAAGAUAAGUAGUUACUAACUCGAUCUUAUGUGGUAAUGUACAUUUUUUUUUUAAAUGAAGUAUGCAAAAUAAAACAGUAAAGACAACUUAGAUUUUCUGAUCCUGAA